AUGGCAAAAUCUGCACAGCAAGACGAGAAAGCGGCCAACACCGCCACCGAUAUUGAGCAGACUCCUACUCAGCAAAGCGGAGUCGCUUCAGAGAUCCUGAAAGCCAACAAAUAUGAUGCUGACGAGGCCCUGGCAGCCUUUGAAGGGCAUGAGAAUGUCGUUGUCGACGAAGCCACCAACAAGAGACUACUGCGCCGCAUCGACCGCCGCAUACUUCCCAUAAUGUGCGUUAUUUACGGAAUGAACUUCCUGGACAAGACGACACUGUCCUAUGCGAGUAUCAUGGGACUCAGGGAAGACAUUUCACUUUCGGGCGAUAAUUACCAGUGGCUUGCCUCUUUGUUUUACUUUGGCUAUCUGGCCUGGGAGUGGCCUACAGUGCGGCUGCUCCAACGACUUCCGAUCGCCAAGUACUCUGGGUUCUGCAUCAUCAUUUGGGGAACCGUCCUUGCUUUGUUCGCAGUUGUCAACGACUUCGCCGGAGCCGCCGUGAUCCGUGUCCUGCUUGGUGCCUUUGAGGCAGCCGUCACGCCUGGAUGGGCCCUGAUAACAUCUCAGUACUAUAGAAAGGAAGAGCAGGGGUCGCGGACAUGCAUUUGGUUCUCUUUUAAUGGCUUUGCUCAGAUAUUCGGUGGCCUCGUUGCUUGGGGUAUAGCUGUCGGCGACCAGAAACACGAACACACAAUCCUACCUUGGCAGAUCCUAUUUGUGUUUACUGGGAUCUUCACUGUUUGCCUUGGUAUUAUAUUCCUUUGGCUCGUUCCCGAUAACCAGCUCAAGGCCAGAUGGCUGAGCGAGAGUGAUCGCAUCCUUGCAGUUGCACGAGUGCGAGGAAACCAGCAAGGCAUUGGAAACAAACACUUCAAGCGCUAUCAGUUCAUCGAGGCCUUCACCGAUCCGAUGGUCUGGGCUCUGGUCUUCUACUCAUUCACUGCAAACAUUCCGAACGGCGGCAUCACCAACUUCUUCAGUCAGCUCAUCGUCUCUUUUGGGUACACCCCGGUCGAAUCACUGCUUCUAGGGACUCCGGCCGGCGCAGUACAGGUCGUGUCGCUACUGCUCAGCGGCUAUUACGGUGAUAGAACAGGAAGCCGCCUCCGAAUCUCUCUCAUCGGCUUGGGCAUCGCCAUACUCGGCGUCGUUCUGCUCAUUGCGCUACCUGACAGCGCUGGUGCUGGGAAGCUUGUGGGUUACUACAUGACGCUGGCUUGCACGACGCCGUUUGUGGCACUGUUGAGCCUAAUCUCUUCGAAUAUUGCAGGGUAUACAAAGAAGACCACGGUCGCCGCGCUGUUCUUGAUCUUCUACUGCGUGGGCAAUAUUAUCGGCCCUCAGACAUUCCGCCCCAAAGAUGCGCCCAAAUACGUGCCCGCGAUCGUCACAAUCCUCGUCUGCUGGUCACUGUGUUUCGGCGACAUCGUCUUCAUUUGGUGGUACUGCAAGCGCCAGAACAGGAAGAAGGCGGCCAUUCGUGCAGAGCCGGGAUACACCAAGCAAGAAAAUUCCGAAUGGCUAGACCUGACGGACCGCGAGAACCCGGAGUUCACGUACACCAUCUAG